CACUUAUUUCUAAUGCUAACUCUGGGUCCUUGUUGGCCCUUUAGUGAGAAUUCAGAGUGCAUCAGCUGCAGCCAGUAGAGUCAGCCCGGAUCGUCUGUCAGCUCGUUCAUAAGUCACUGAGGAUACUGAAGCUGUUAGUUCCAAGAUGAGGCUGCUGCCAGUUGUUGUUACAGUGUCAUUGACGGUGGCGGUCGCUUAUUAUGUUUACAUCCCGCUGCCUGAUGCCAUCCAGGAGCCGUGGAAGUUGAUGAUUCUGGAUUCUGGAUUCCAGACAAUGAUGCACCUGGCCUCUUUGAAGGCUUGGCUGGGCUUUGGCAAUUACAUCGAAUCAGUCAGGCAGUCUAUAGAGGGCUUCGAGGGCAUGAUGAAGGGGCUGCACAGUUCUGAGCCCGGCGGAGGGGUCAUGCCCGGAGUGAAAGUCAGCGACAUCACUUUUGUCGGCGUCCCGGUCCGUGUUUAUGAGCCCCCUGCUGGAGGGGAGGGGCAUCUGAGGAGAGGGUUGAUGUUUUUCCAUGGGGGAGGCUGGGCCUUCGGCAGUGCUAAGAAGGGGUCAUAUGAUGUGAUCAACCGGAUGCUGUCCGACGAGCUCAACACUGUUGUGGUCUCCGUUGAGUAUCGUCUGUAUCCAGAGGUGCAUUUCCCAGUGCCGUAUUUAGACUGUCUCGCCGCUGCCAAGCACUUCUUGUCCCCAGAGGUUCUGGCCAAUUAUGCAAUUGACCCAGAGCGUGUGGCUGUAUCAGGUGACAGUGCAGGAGGAAACCUGGCAGCUGCAGUCGCUCAGGAGAUUUCCAUAGAUGACACUACGAGUGUGAAAUUCAGUGUCCAGGCGUUGAUCUAUCCAGUGCUCCAGGCUCUCGACUUCAACACGCCCUCCUACUUGCAGAACCAAUAUGUACCCAUCCUCUACCGGAGCCUCACUAUCCGCUUCUGGCUACAGUACCUCGGUGCUGACCUCUCCCUGGAGUCCCAGUUGAUGGUGAACAACCACAGCUCCUUACAUGACUCAAACAUCACCCCAGAGUUGAGGGCACGACUAGACUGGACCACCCUCCUGUCCCCAAAAUACCAGAAGAACUACAAGCCUCUGAUUGUGAAAAAAGGUUCACAGGGGGCAGCAAAGGUGCCAGGGCUGCUGGACGUGAGGGCAGCACCACUGUUAGCAGGACCAGAGGUUUUGGCUAAAUGCCCUCGGGCGUACAUCCUAACGUGCGAGUAUGAUGUGUUGAGGGAUGACGGCCUGAUGUACGCACGGCGCUUACAGGACGCAGGCGUCACCGUUACCAACGACCACUAUGAGGACGGCUUCCACGGAUGUUUCAGCUUAAUAAACUGGCCUUUUGAAUUUGAUGUAGGGAAGAAAGCACUCGGGGGUUACCUCAACUGGCUCAAGAACAACUUGUAAGAGGAUGUAUGUUUGUGUUUCACUGAUACAAAUGAAUGAUACACAGACUUGCUAAGGACAUGUGCAUUUGCUCUUUAUGUAAGAAUAUAAGAUCCAAGCUCAGGGCCCUCAUGUACCUGCAGAUAUACAGGCACCACCUUUGUACAUACAAAGUACAUGAUUUUAAGAUGACUCUUUAAGUUCUGCAGUGGAGAAGGGCAAAUAUGUUAACUUUAACAUGGCUGACACUGUGACCAGCAGACAAAAUAUUUAAAGAAUAAUUUUGUUAUUUUUAAACCUGGGACCUAUUUUCACAUACUUUGGUAUCAUUUUGAAAUCUUAUGAGAGGCGAGUUUUUGCAGGAAACGCCAGUGGAAAUGAGGGAGAGGAUUUUGUUAUGUAUAUAGAGGAACUGCUAGCAAGACUUUGUUUCCUAACAUUACUUCAACGCAACAAACUCUGCGAGCGAGACUUGUUUCUUGUUAAAAAACAAAGUGUGUCACUCGUAGGGAUCCUUUCCAUAAUGUUAUCAGACACCUCGUAUAACAGUCUGAGCCUGUCAGUGGUAAAAAGAAGUACUUUCGUGGAUGUAAUUGCCUCACAAGGUAUACGUUGCAGCUGCUGGCUGAAGCCAUCUACUGCCAUGACAAAACUUUUUGUAAAAUAUGAAAAUGGGGCCCAGGUUUAAAAAUACCAAAAUUACCCUCUAAUAAACACUUGGACACAUAGCCACAAGCUUUCCAUUAAUGGAUAAAUUAACCACUGGGAGGAGCCACAUCACACACUGAUUCUUGUCCACACCACAAAUACAUGAGCAGUAUGCCACAAGGGUAUGUAAUUGGGAGAAGUACUUUAAGUAUGAAGCCCCUAAUCAAAAGUUCAUGUUAGUGAGCAGUGUUGAAAAAACAACAAACAUUCUGAAUCCGCAGGUUACGUUUUGUCAUAAUACCUCACAAAUCAUUGUAUUGCUAGUGUUAAAAUAAUAUGAAACCUGGUUUGAUUCAAUCCAGUUCAUUUCAUCAGUGUUUAGGACCUAUUUUGGUGAAUGGCACUGGGGAUGCCACUGUCAGUCAGUUGGUCUGUUCACCUGUUACAGUUAGACUUUCAUAGAGAACCCAAACACAGAACCAGAAAUUCAUGUUACACAUGAUUUUAUUUCGCAGAUAAUCAGAAUAUGCACGGAGCAGACUCCAGGGAUCAGAGAUAGUCCAAGGGGUUCCAAGGGAAAGCUGGGCUAGGCAGAGGAACAGGCAGGGGGAUGUCCAAUAAAGUCCAGAACGCCAGGGAGAAUGUUGCUGACCAAGUGUCCAGUUAUCCAUAGAUCUGCGAAGUGAAGCAGAGGCAGGAGUAGGGUCAUCAUGAAAUUUGUCACACGCCUCCACCUCAGAAUCAUUUGUAAUAGUUUUGGUGAUCUCUUAACUUUCCACCCAGCGUAAUAAUUAGUUCACAUUGUAAUUGUGCCAAAACUCUGCUUCAUGAUAUUCUUCUACUACAAUGUUAACAUCAAACAUGGUACAGGACAGUUAACAAAAGUAAAUUAUAUUGUAUCUUGUAAUAUUCAUCAAACUUAAGGCACACUAAAGUAACACCCGUUCUGUAGAAGGUGACAUCUUCACUGACAUGAUGUUGGCACUUGACAAUCACUAACAACAUGCACUAUUUUCAUCAAGUUUCAUUCUAAUUAAUUUUUUUAUUGUGUGUUACUUACAGGACAUUCUAUGCAUCUGAACAUGCCCUUAAUUUACUAUGAAUGAAAUGUUUGUGAUUAUAGAUGCCUGAUACUUAUGGGAUAUGAAUGAAUCACUGAAGUUGCAAUCACUUUUAAAAUUUGCAGCCUUCUGCUUUCUUCUACUAUGCUCGCUAUUGUGAUUUAUGAAGGGACUGAUGAAUGGUGUCAAUAAAAAUCAUGCUAAUAAAGCCUAAA